AAGUGAUUUUACUAUCAUUUUUAGCCUUUGUGUCGUCGUAAUUUUCGCUGAGAUGAAAAUUAUCCCAUUUUAUUUAAGUGAGCGAUGGAUAUGGAAAUAUUGUUUUGAAAAGUGUUUAGACGUUGUUUUUUUUUUCUCCUGUCGAGUCAAGUGUGGUGUAAACAUGGAGAAUUACUUGUUCAAUUCGACGAAAGACUCUGCAUAAAUUUCCAUGGAAUGUUCGUCAAGUAUGAUGAAAAUGGAUUUAUGAUGCGGAAAAAAUAAAUUACAUUCAAAAAUAUGCAGAGCCAAGAUGGAUAUGCAAAUUGUGUAAUGUGAUACGCACACUUAGCAUUCAUGCUCACGUUCCGUUGUGCUAUUUGCCAUUUUCGAGAGAAUCACCUGUGAAUUGACUUAGGGCUAUUUAUUUAAGUGUAUCAACUCGGUUCAUCCGACCAUCACUGUUUGUUGAGCGAUGCUGAUUUUUCAUCCCACGCAAACAAUUCACCCUUUACUAGACCAUUCUUUUUUUCAACAAAUAAUCGUUAUGGAUUAUUUGUGGUUUGAAAAUGAGCCAAAUCACUUAUCAAAUGUUUUACACGACACAAUUUUGCGAAAUUAUUUUGUUGUUGUUGGACUAGUGGUUGAAAUAGAUUUGAGUUGUCAAGCAUGAUGUCAUUUAGUGUGUAAUUUGUGAUUAUCACAUAGUGAUUCAAGAAAAAAGAGACAAAAUAGUCUAGAAAUGUAUCGAAUGUAAGCCAUGCAGCAAUCAAAUUUAUACAAUUAAACGCACAAACACACACGCAUCAGAAAACGCACAGAUCAGCUGGUUAGCAACUGUUGUGGUUGUAGGAGUCAAAGGUCGUCACACCGCGUGCACUGUUUUUUCCCCCAAAAGAAUCGAAGUAAGACACACACGGCAUUGAAUAUUCAAAUCAAUUGUGUAUUUUGCACUGGUAUCCCGCGAAAAACCACACAAAAAUGAAGCGUUCUGUUUAGCAUAUAUCAAUGAACGUAUUCGAGUGUUUCACGCUGGAAUUCAUCGACACCGCAAUCACAUUCAAUUAUUCCAAAAUCUAAAUUCAGCACGAAUCGCUCAAUUUCGAAACGAUACGAAAAUAAACGUAUACAAAGCAAAAGCAAGCAAAGAAGCACACAUACCCAUAGCACAAAACGCACUGCUCACUUUAAGAAAAAUCAAUCAUGGCAAAUACGGCACAAUUAUUUCGUAGACAAAGCUCGAGAGAUUUAAACUCGUACAAACAGCGCAGCAUAGAUAAUUUAGAAUUGAAGGAGAUGCGUGGACGUUUGGUGAGACCCGAGCAUUACAAUCAAUCUCUUUAUGGCGCUACAAAUCCGGCAUUCUUCUCCGAAGAUGCUGAAGACGAAAAAGAGAACGAUCUAUUCCCGAAUAUACCGAAAACGUUGCCCUGCCAAACGGACGACGAAAUCGUGCAAGGAGAUAAACCGGAGGAUGAACGCGAGAGUUGGGACAGCAAAAUAAUGUUCCUAUUAGCAACCAUUGGGUAUGCUGUCGGUUUGGGCAAUGUGUGGCGCUUUCCAUAUUUGGCGCAGAAAAAUGGUGGCGGUGCCUUUUUGGUUCCGUAUUUUACAAUGUUGUUAAUACAAGGACUACCGAUUUUCUAUUUGGAGCUCGCAAUUGGCCAACGGCUUCGAAAGGGAGCGAUAGCGGCAUGGCACGAGGUAUCGCCGUAUUUGGGUGGCAUCGGAAUUUCAAGCGCCGUAGUUAGUUACAUUGUAGCGUUAUAUUACAAUACAAUUAUCGCCUGGUGCCUGAUAUAUUUUCUACAUAGUUUCGAAUCACCGCUCCCCUGGGCCGACUGUCCAACGCGAUUAUAUAAGAAUUUCACGUACGACAUUGAACCGGAAUGCGUUGCAUCUUCACCCACACAAUACUAUUGGUAUCGAUCCACAUUGCAGUCAUCGCCGAGUGUCAACGAAUUCGAAGCAAUCAACUAUCCCGUUGCCAUUGCACUGCUGGUCGCAUGGUUUCUCGUAUACAUUUGCAUGGUGCAAGGCAUCACAUCGUCCGGCAAAAUUGUCUACAUCACAGCGAUUUUCCCAUAUGUGGUUCUGAUCAUUUUCUUCUUUCGUGGCAUCACACUUCAUGGCGCAUAUGUUGGUGUAAUGCAUUUCUUUACACCGCGCUGGGAGUUACUUCUCGAUCCGGUUGUAUGGCUCGAAGCGGGUACGCAAAUUUUCUUCUCGCUUGGCUUGGCAUUCGGUGGUCUGAUUGCGUUCAGCUCAUACAAUCCGGCCAAUAACAAUUGCUAUCGAGACGCAUUGCUCGUUUCGUUCACCAACUGUGGCACUUCAAUGUUCGCCGGCAUCGUUGUUUUCUCCAUUAUUGGCUUCAAAGCCACAUCAACGUAUGAAAAGUGCUUGACUGACCAAAAGGCAUCCAUUGCGGCCAAUAUAACAAAAAACCUACCAGAGUGCGAUCUCCAACGGGAAUUGGAUAAUAGUGCAAGUGGCACUGGCUUGGCUUUCAUCAUCUUCACUGAGGCAAUCAAUCAAUUUCCGGGCGCUCAAUUUUGGGCAGUCUUAUUUUUCCUCAUGCUGUUUACACUUGGGAUCGACUCACAGUUCGGUAUGCUCGAGGGACUCGGCACAUCUCUGGUCGAUAUGAAACUGUUUCCAGGCCUACCAAAAGAUGUUAUUAUUGGAGGUCUAUGUUUAUCAUGUUUCAUCAUAUCAAUUGUGUUCGCCCAUGGUGCUGGAAGCUAUGUGUUUCAACUGAUGGACAGUUUUGCGGGCAGCUACUCCCUUUUAAUCAUCGCUUUCUUUGAGUGCAUUGCCGUUUCAUAUGUUUACGGGAUCAAAAGAUUUGCUGAUGACAUUGAAAUGAUGACUGGCUCACGACCUGCAUUGUACUGGAUGAUUUGCUGGAAAUAUUUGUCACCCGCAGCGAUGAUAAUAAUAUUGUGUGCGUCGUUCAUGGAAUUGGCAUCGAGUGGAAGCAGUUAUCCGGCAUGGAUUGCCGCAAAAGGCAUCACCGAACCGAAAGAAUGGCCACAUUGGUGCAUUAUAAUGGCAAUAUUUCUAAUAUUGGUUUCAGUCAUUUGGAUUCCUGUCAUCGCUAUAACAAGACUUUUGGGCAUUCCAAUCAUCGAAGACACCGAACCGGCUUGGUUCCCGGCAAAUGAGCUACGCGAAGUGCACGGUAUUGUGCCGCAUGAGCCAUCCGAAAUUGAGCGUACACUGUUCUGCAUUCAAGCGGACGGAUCAGAAGGUUUCUGUUGUCCCACGUACACUUUACCUGAAGAAGAAUUGCAGGAAGAGGAGUAAUUCUGUAAGUUGUCAACGCUAUCAAAAUGUGUACCAUACUAUCACAUUCAUUAAAAUUGUUAGUUGUUAGUAAAUGAAGUCACUUCGAUUCGAAUGUAAGAUAAAAUGCCAUUUAAUUUAACUUGGAACGGUUAGUGUGAACGACACAGCGGAAAAGUAAAGAACGAAAAAUGUCGAAUUGGUUGAUGCAAAUUUUAACGAUUAAGCAAUUAUCAAUAAUAAUUUUAAAUGUGCCGAAUGACAUCGAUAAGAAAAUUAUGUUGUAUUCAUUUCAACCAAAAAUAAAGCAAAAGCUAUUAUCAGAAAAUCAUUUGGACAAAUGAUGGCACAUGAACAAAUAUGUUUAGCUUUGCUUGCAAAUUAUCAACAAAAUAUCACAAAUUAGUUAACAGGGAAUGUGAUGCAGAAAUUUGCCAUCCGAAAAGAAGAUGAAACAAGAAAUAGUAAACAACCUGAGAGAUGAUAGCCAACGCGAUGUAAAGCAGACAAAAAUUUGCUCAUUUUUUUUCGAGACGAAAUUAAUCAUUUAUAGACUCGGAUAUUUAUUUUCCGCUUAUUUUCCGCAUGGUGUGAUUCACAUCAAAUGAGGAAAUUUAUCAUUGAAAACAUUUCUGACAAUAAAUAGAAAGAAAAAAUGUCGAAAAUAGAGCGUGUUCACACAUCCUCGACGGCCAAUGGGCAUUAAAAACCGGACAUAUAUAUACAUAUAGAUAUUUAAAAUGAAGCAAGUGUAUUUAUUUUUUUCCCCUCAUUUGAGGACAAAGAUCUCAUUGGUCGUAUCGCAGUAUUGCAUAGAGUAUAAAGAGAAUAUUGAUAUACAAUAGUAAUAAAGUGACAAUAAACCUACGAUUCUAACGAAUGAAGAAAUGACAUGUAAUACUCACAUUAGUAUAUACAUGUAGAACUAAUAAUUGAAAGACUAAAACAAAUAUACAUGAAUCUAUCUAUUUUUAGCUCAAUUUACCGACGAUGAUAAUUCAUGUAAAAUGCACUGCGUAUAGCGCAAUAAAGUCACUAUUUCGGAUAUAAGGUAUUAGAAGCGUAAUAGGGGCUUGAUAAUAAAUGAUUGUUUAGCUCCCACCGUUUCAUAGUCGAUAGAAUCGAUAACUGAAGAAAAACCAAAUACUCUGACAAUAAUUCAUAUGAUAUAUAGAGAAAGUGAGACGACGUAGCGACGACAAUAAAGUGAUUAUUUAUCAAACUCAACCCCUUUUUUUUCGAAGUAAUGCAAUUCGAGUUUGUUUGUUAAAAAAAAAAUUGUACCAUGCAUUGCGUUUCGUUAUUUACUGUAACCGGUAAUUUUUAAGCUGAUUGAUCAAAAUUGGAUUUUUGAGCAAAGGACAAGCGAAUUGAAUGGGCAAUUCAAUUAUUAUUUAUUUAUUUACUACAUCAUCAAAUCACACAAAUGUUCUAAUAUAUUACUUCACCCGAAGAGCAAUAUUGGCUUGAUUUCGUCUGAAAGUAAUCAUAUGUUUUAUGAUACUUUCAUUUUCGUUCAUCUGGUGGUUCAUCAAUAGUUUCCACAGUUUUGUUUUGACACUUUGGUCCAAUACAUUUCUCAUAAGAGUUGAAAUAGACUUUUUACCUAUUAGAUUUGUUGUUACAUUCAGGGUCAAUGUGCCGAUGUACACUUUCGCUUAGUAUCCAAAACUGCAACAGCAGGAAACUAUACAUAAUUUUUCUUGACCAACAACAAGAUAUUUGACAAAGAGGGCGCUUUCUUAUGGACAUUUCUAUGUACAGCUGUUGGCGCCCUCUUUGGUAUGUUUUAAGAACUAAGAAAGUUUCCUAUCAUUGCAAAACUGUUUUCGGAACAUGAACAGCUACCCUAAAAAUGUUUCAAUUUUAUGCUUUUCCAAAAUAUCAAUAUUGUUGGCUCAAAUGUCCAUGCGUCCUGUUGCUAAUGCCCAGCCAAAGUUGCUCACAUUGACGUUUGCAUCAAGUGUUGUUUUGUCCUGUUCAUUUUUUUUCUUCUAAUUUUAAGAAGUUCCAAAUUGGAAAUUCAAACAUUUAUAUCACUAUCUCAAUGUUUAUGUUGAUAAAUGAAUAUACAUAUGAAGCCAAUAUUAAAGUUGACAAAAUUAUACAUACCAAAAUGAAUAAACAUAUAAUUCAAUGAAAAAUUAUAUCUAUAUCUACAAUACAGAGACUCUAUAUAUAUAUAUAUAUAUUAUAAUGUUAUACAGUGAAUUUAUAGAUCGCAUAGUUACUAUAUUUAAAUGGUACUGUUUUACUCAAAUUCAAUUAGAAUUUAUCGAGAGAAUCGUUGAAAUAAUAUCAAGGAGUCGAUAUUUACUGGAUGUGUAAGUGGUGAUGGGAUUUAUCAAAAAACAAUGACAACCAAACUGUCAAUGUAUAUGCAUGUAUAGGAUAAAAUAAAGUGUUUUAUCAGAUAUAGACUAUAUCACCACCGGCGUAUAGUUCAAAACUGAAAAAUUCAAACGGACAAAACCAAUUGAAUUGAAUUAAAAAACUACGAGUGAAAUUGAGUGUCGAUCAUAUCGAAAAAAAAAAAAACCAUUGGUUUAUCGAAUGUUCAACAACGAUGAAUAUCUAUGAAAUAUUGAUUUCUGUCGCUUGUGACAGGAGCCUCAACAUACACAGACAAAAGCACAUACUACACUCAACCAAUCGAUCAAUCAAUCAAUUAUUUUAAACAAAGUGAACGAACUUUGGCUAAUUUAAUCAGGUUCCGGUAUUUUCCCAAAUACGCAUAAGCUUCCGAUUAUGGGUGGCCGGCUGCAUCAAUGCUGCAUAAACAAUAAAUGGGAACUAUUUUGUGACAACCCACACAGUGAAUUGCACUCAUAUCUAAAUUACGACUCAUUGAAAUUGCAUGCAUGUUUAGGCGUUUGAAAGUGUAUGGCAGACAAAAAUCGGCACCGUCACUUCUAUUUGAUAUUUACUUUGCCUUUUUCAAGUUCAUUCACCACCUUCAUUCAAAAUUCAAUGUCGAUUUUCCAUCACAUGAUUUUACAGCAGCAGCAGCAGCCCGAUAACUGAGUAAAUAGUUUCGAAUUAAUUUAUUCGAGCCGCUAGACUGAUUUUUGUUUGUUCUAGUUUUGAAAUCCAAAGACAAAAAAAAACGAGUAAUGUUUCAGUUAAUGAACUCUCACGAGUGAGGGGAAAGUCUGUCGAAAUGUGUAUACGAUAAAUGUCCACAGCGAACAUUGAUUUCCUCACCGCUCUGUCAUGCAGGUAAUCGGAUUAUUUGGUAAUAAGUUAAUAUUUGGUUAUUAAGUGAAUUAAACCUAAUGUUUUUGGAGAACCGUUUACAUCUGUGGCCACUGCUCUUCAUCGUCGUCGUUGUCAACUGCAUGCCCAUUAGUUGUGACAGAGACCGAUACACUAAUCCUUUGUCACGCUCGUUAUGUUUGUCGUCAUUUCGGUUUAAUUUUUUCAUCCAUGAUGCCAUCAGCCGUUUAAUAAUAAUGAACAAUGGACGCCCAAGAAACUACGAGUUUUUUUUUUUUUGAAAAAGGGUACCAAAACUAAGCCUCAAAAGUGUCGAAUAACACACGGAGCAGUAACAAUUAUAGACACGAAUCUAAUUCGUUCUAUGAAUUAAAUUGACGGUUUCUAUCGAAACGGAAUGUUACGUUGGACUUUUCCUUAAGACAAAGAGGAAGCGGAGGUGGAGAGGAAGUUGUUGCAUGCAUUAAAAACAUUAAAAUACGUAGACUAAACUAUUUGAUUAAAAAUUGAUGUUUCCAGUCCGUUUUUUUUUUCUGAGCAAUUUUACAUUAAAUAUAUCAUAUCAAUUUGAAUGUGUAUUUAAAAUCACAAAUUUUUCGUCGGAAUUUUCCGUCACAUUUUUUUUUUCCUUUAAGCAAAAAGUCAAAAAGUUCAAAGUUAUUAUUGAAUCAAAAAAAAAAAAAAAAAAAAAAAUAAUAAUAAUCCACACAAUUUGAAAAUGUGUGUGUAUGUGUUAUUCAAAUUUUGAAGUAUUUUGAAUGAAAUAUUUGAGAACAAAAAAAAAUUGAACUAUAAAAAAGAAGAAAACCCGAAGAAGUAGAGAAAAAAAAACAAAUUCGAUAAGAAACUAUCGAUCUCAAUUUGACAAUAAGAUUAAACCUAAAACAAACCAAUAAACCAUAAGCAUACCAAAACUGACAACCACAUUGAUUUAUGAACAAAGAUUAGAGAAAAAAAAAGUUUGAAAUGCCGAAAAAUUAAACAAGCGUUUCACAAAAAAGUGUGUAAGUUAUGCCUACCCAAGAGCAAACAAUAAAUAAAUAAACAAUAAACUCAAAACAUAA